AUGAAGCAUACGAAUUUGGACUGGGGCCCAAAGCCAUUUAGGAUUUUUGAUUGUUGGCUGAAGGAUCCUUCCUUUAAACAGUGUGUAGAAAAGAGUUGGAAGGAGUCUAAUGGGCAUAGGUGGGGGGCAUAUAUUCUCAAGGAAAAACUUAAGAGACUUAGGCUGGAUAUUAAGGAAUGGUCUAGGAAAGAGUUUAAGGACCCUAAGGUCACAUUAAAUAAUAUUGUGGAGGAGAUAGGAAAGCUUGAUGAAUUAGAUGAGAGGGGUGUGCUUGAUGAAGCUGGAAGGGUUAGAAGGAAAGAAUUAAGUGUAGGUGAAAAGGAUAGAGACUCACUAGUUAAAAAGUUUGAAAUGGAAGAAAUAAAGAAUGCAGUAUGGGAAUGUGAGGGUAGUAAGUGUCCGGGGCCCGAUGGUUUUAAUUUUAAUUUCAUCAAAGGGAAUUGGGACUUGUUCAAACCUGAAAUCUGUAGGGUAUUAGAAGAAUUUUGGGAACAUGCUAAACUACCAAGAGGGUGUAAUCCUUCUUUUGUGACUCUUGUUCCUAAGGUGGAGGCACCCGCGGGGUUAAAUGAUUAUCGACCAAUCUCAUUGAUUGGUUGCAUGUAUAAGAUUAUAGCUAAAGUUUUAGCGUGUAGGCUUAGAGGGGUUAUAGGAUCAGUAAUAGAAGAAACUCAGUUUGCGUUUGUCGGGGGUAGAAACAUGCUAGAUGGGGUAGUUAUUGCAAACGAGAUUGUGGACGAAGCCAAAAGAGAGAAAAAACCCUGUUGUAUUUUUAAGAUAGAUUUCGAAAAGGCCUAUGAUUCAGUGGACAGGGAUUUUCUAUACUAUAUGCUCAACAGGUUUGGUUUUGGUGAGAGAUGGAUCCGGUGGAUGAGAUGUUGUGUGGAAUCAGGUUCAGUCUCAAUCCUUGUCAACGGCAGCCCCACUGAGGAAUUUAUAAUGCAUAAGGGGCUUAGGCAAGGCGACCCCUUAGCGCCCUUCCUAUUUCUAAUCGUUGCGGAAGGUUUGGGGGGUUUGGUGAAAAAGGCAGUAAAUCUGAUCAUGUUUAAAGGGUAUAAGGUGGGGUCAAAUAAUGUGCAAAUCUCCCAUCUGCAAUUUGCAGAUGAUACAUUAAUUAUAGGUGAGGUGGAUGCUGGAAAUGUACUUGUAAUGAAAAGGUAUAUUGAGCUUAUCUCGGGGCUUAAAGUGAACUUUUGUAAGAGCAAACUGGCAGUAAUAGGGGCACCAGAACCUGUUCUGUGGAGAAUCCCUAUCUCUGUGGCAAAUAAACUAACAUCAUUACAAAGGAAUUUCUUAUGGGGAGGGUGUGAGGAAGAGAAAAAGAUAUCUUGGGUAAAAUGGGAGAAAUUAUGUUAUCCAAAGGAGAGAGGGGGGUUGGGAAUUAAAGAUAUUCUUGGUUUUAAUGGGGCCUUAUUAGGAAAAUGGAGGUGGAGGCUAUUAGUAGAGAGAGGGUGCCUAUGGUGGAAUGUGUUGGCGUCAAGGUACGGGGAGGUGAGUGAUCUCAGCAACCAUGGGCUAUUCAAGAAGGGGUCUAUAUGGUGGAGGGAUUUGGGGAAGGUUAGUGAGGGGGGAGGUAAUGGGGGAUGGUUUGUGAGUGGGGUGAGAAGGAAGAUUGGGAUAGGUCAUGACAUAAAAUUCUGGAAAGAGUGUUGGGUGGGGAGUCAAUCCUUAGAAAAUAAAUUUCAGAGGCUGUAUAAUAUUUCAGAUCAACAGCAGAUGUGCGUUGCUGAAAUGGGGUGUUGGGUAGAGGGUAGGUGGGAUUGGAGAUUCUUAUGGAGGUGUUCCUUCUUUGAGUGGGAGAAGAGUCUUUUCUCUGAUUUGAUGCAGGUAAUUAGCUCAGUUUCCCUGUCAAGAAAUUCAAGUGAUGGCUGGCAAUGGCUAAGGGAUCCUGCUGGUGUUUAUUCGGUUAAGUCUGCAUACACCUCAAUCAUGGCUUCAGAUGGAAGAGAAAUGGAUGAUAUUGAAUCUAACUUCUUUAAAGAGGUCUGGUGUAACUCUGUACCCUCAAAGGUAGCUGCUACGGGUUGGAAGAUAGGACUCCAAAGGAUGCCAACAAUGGACAACUUGAUCAAGAGAGGUUUGGUGAUUCAUAGUAACAACUCUGGUCAGUGCGUCUUCUGUAGAGAUCAAGUGGAAACAUCUUCCCACUUGUUCUUUUCAUGCAAGAUAGUUUAUGGUAUUUGGAUGACUUGUUAUAACUGGAUGGGAAUUCAAGGUGUGUUACCGAAGGAAGGCAUGCUCCAUUUUCUUCAGCAUGCGAUUCCUUGGAAAGGGAAAAAAGUGAACGGUUGGUGGAAAGCUGUAUGGUUUGCAACUAUUUGGAGUAUAUGGCUAUGUAGGAAUGCUGUCAUCUUCAAGUCAGGGAUCAUUGAUAUUAAGGAAUUAUGCAGCUUAAUAAAAUGGAGGGCAUGGACUUGGCUUAGAGCGAGAGUUCCUUCUUUUAAAGUAUCUCAUUAUGAGUGGGACAAGGAUCCAAUCUAUUGUUUGUCCAUGGGAGCUGCUGCGUGA